AUGUCAGGCAAAAACAUGUCUUCACGCUUGCUGAACAUGAAGUUCAUGCAACGCGCAUCGGCCUCAACUCCUACAACUCCCACCACCCCGGAUGGUACCAGACCUUCCAAACGUGUCAAGACAGAAGCAGCCAUCACUCCCGAUGCACGCGCAUUUCAGGAAGCUGCCGCCGCCGAAGAAGCAAAAAAAAACGCCUUCAUCGAACGUGCCGCCGCCGAAGCUGGAGAAACGAAAUGGGUCUUGAGCCUCACGGACGACAAGACAGCCUCUGCUGCUCCAGCAUUGCGUAUCGUCGAAGCUGGUUACGGUGCCAUUGACUCGGGUGCCCCCAUACCUGAGAGCGACGAUGAGGAAGAGGAAGAACAGAGUGCUGGCAUGGCCGGACGAAGGAGUUUUGGGAAGUUCAACAAGGCUGUCGAGCGUCAACACAACCCACAUCUCUCAUCCUCGGAAUCCGAACACGACUCGGACGCUUCCUCCGACUCCGACUCAGAAGACGACGAGGACCUAGACGAAGCAGAACUUCUCCUGAAAGCAGAACGCAAAGAAGCAGCAGCAAGACUACGUGCCGAACGCAAAACUCAACGAAGAGCCGAGGAGGCCAAGACGAAACAAAUGGCCGAGCGACGACGAAGCAGGGAUAUCAACCUGAACAAAGUCGGCGGGAUCUCUAAUGCCGCCAUCAGGAGCAAACAGUCGAACGUGGCAAAUAUGGCUUGUCAUAUCUGUGGCCAGAAGGGUCAUUUGCAGAAGGACUGUCCAGACAAGAAGCAAAGAAGAGGAGACAAGAGGAAGAGUGGUGGUGGCAUGGACUAUUGA